CAGCAUUUCAUUACCAAACUCAAUUGACCAACCAUCAAACUCGCUCUGUUAAACAACCAUGGCCAGCCAAAUCCGCCCCGGUCUUUACUUGUUAGAAGUCGAGCACAGCCAUCUACUGCUGGACCUUGACGACUCGAAGACUGCCAAUGGAACUGCCGUUCAGACAUAUGAGUCCAAAUUCGACAACGUCAACCAGAAGUGGCAGGUUGUGUCUGCGGGUAACGACGAGUACUUAAUCCUUGCCAACAAGGCUGGUACCUACGUGACAGCCCCGAAGCAGGACACCUAUGAGAUUACCGGAAACUUGAUCUCGCCAACUGACAAGCAUGCGAGAUGGAAGUUUGUCGAGGUUGGCAACGGCGCCUAUUAUAUCUACAGCGUUGCCUUCCCCAAAUCCGUCUUUGACGUCCAGCGCUCCGGGAAGAACAACAAGACUUCUGUCCUAGCUUAUCCUGCGAGGUCGAGCGACAACGCCAACCAACAGUGGAGGCUCAAGCCAACCCAGUAAGCUGCAGCUUUCUCACUGUGGACUUAUGAUGUAAAUGCCAAUCAAGCUUUGCUUUAAAUUUGAACAAACUAUUUCAACAAUACUAGCAAGACUAGCAAUCAACUACGCGU